GAAACAACCAACUUUUUGCUUCAAUUUCUCAGUCUAACCGCUCAUUUCGUGGAGGUUUGUGGGACUUGACUUGUGUUCCGGGGAAAAAAUGGUGAAUUUUGAGGAACUUUCGGGUUUUCCUGACUUUGCAACUGAAGCCAAACUUCAGGAAUGCUUUAACUACGUCGUGAAUUUAGUACAAAAGGGUGGAAGUAUCGUUGAAGAAGGUUUCACAAAGACAAAAGAGGUCAAAAUUAAGGCAUUUGCCGCUGAUCUCGUGACGGAGUACGACAAGAGAGUUGAAGAUCUCAUCAUUGAGGGCAUCAGAGAGAAAUAUCCAAACCACAAAUUCAUUGCUGAGGAAUCAGCCGCUAAGAAUCCCCUAACGGCUGAUCCAACGUGGAUUAUUGAUCCCAUCGAUGGGACAACGAAUUUCAUUCAUAGCAAUCCCCUAAUUGCCAUUUCUGUGGCUCUAGCCGUGGAUGGAAAGCUCCUGAUGGCCAUCUGCUUGAAUCCCAUUCACAAGGAACUCUACACAGCUAUCCGGGGCCGUGGAGCCUUCCUCAAUGGCACCCCAAUUCACUGUAGCAACGUGACCGAACUCAAAAAUGCCGUAAUCUCCAUUGAAGUCUCCCUGGCAUGGGCAGAUCGCCUUCGUGAUGAAGUCAUUGGCCGAACUCACGUGCUCAGUGGCAGAGUUAUUGGGAUUCGUUCUUUGGGAAGCAUUGUCUUGGCCCUUUGCUACGUUGCAAGGGGAUCAUUGGAUGCCUAUCAAAUGGAAUACCUUCAACCGUGGGACAUUGCAGCGGGGGCGCUACUUAUUCAGGAAGCUGGGGGAGUUGUUAAAAAUCACCGUGGGGGCGAAUAUGACAUAAUGAAGGCUCAAGUUCUCGUUGCCGGCACUCAGGAGCUCUACGACCAAAUGCUAGCUGUCAAUCGGGAGUGCGAAGGGAAAGUAAUAACCUUUGCUAAGCCCUAACUAAACUAUAUCUCAUUGAAACGUUUAUUAAGGGGUCUUAUCUCUUUAAACACUCACUUUGAUAAGUUUAUCAAGAUCAUAAAACUUGAGAAAAAAAGAA